CAUUCCCCUGUUCCAAUUAUCCAAACAUUAUCACCCUCACUCAGCGCCCAAAUAUCCUCUUCUCGCACACCAAAUCACAUCUCCGACCACCACCUGGAUAACAUGACCACCCUACGAGGUUUCGACGCCCCCAUCUCCACCGUCUCCGCCGCCACAAACCCAUCUCUCUUAACUUUGCCUAAAACCCCCUCAACCCUCUUCUUUCCCCAUAAACUCCGAUUAUUCACCAGACUCAACAGAUUCCAAACUUCCAAGAUUUUGUGUGGGAAUUUGACAACGGCAGAGGUUGGGGAUGAGGAAGAAGUUGAAAUUGCUGAAGGUUAUACAAUGACUAAAUUUUGUGAUAAAAUGAUUGAUCUGUUUAUGAAUGAGAAGCCCAAGCCUAAAGACUGGAUGAGUUAUUUGAUUUUUAGAGAGGAUUGGAAUAAGUAUAGGGAGAGGUUUUAUAAUCGGUGUAAAACACGUGCCGAUAAUGAGAAUGAUUUCACCGUGAAGCAGCGGUUGGUCACGUUGGCAACAGAAGUGAAAAGGGUUGAUGAUGAAAUGGAAAAACAUGCAGAGCUUCUUAAGCAGAUAGAAGAUAGCCCUAUGGACAUAAACGCCAUUGUUACAAGACGGCGUAAGGACUUUACGGGGGAAUUUUUUCGUUAUCUGACUGUCGUUCAAGAAACACAUGACAGCUUGGAGGACCGCGAUGCUGUUGCUAGGCUUGGAGCAAGAUGCUUAUCUGCAGUGAGUGCUUUUGACAACACGUUAGAAACUGUGGAAACAUUGGAUGCUGCACAGGCCAAAUUUGAGGAUAUUUUGGACUCGCCUUCGAUAGAAGCCGCAUGUGCCAAGAUUAAAAGUCUUGCGAAGGCGAAAGAACUCGAUUCCUCUUUGAUUUUGCUAAUAAACAGUGCUUGGGCCUCUGCAAAAGAAUCUCCUACCAUGAAAAAUGAGGUGAAAGCGAUCAUGUACGAGUUAUACAAAGCCACCAAGAGAAGUUUAAAGAGCAUAGCACCGAAAGAAAUAAAGCUACUUAAGUACCUGUUAAACUUCACAGAUCCAGAAGAGCGUUUCUCAGCUUUAGCAACUGCGUUCUCUCCUGGUAAAGACAACGAGGCCAGGAAUCCGAAUGCAAUAUACACAACUCCAAAGGAGCUGCAUAAGUGGAUUACGGUCAUGCUUGAUGCAUACCAACUGCAUAAAGACGAAACUGAUAUUGAGGAAGCCAAGGAGAUGAAUUUACCGAUGGUUAUCCAGAGACUUACGAUUCUCAAAGAAACGAUUGAAGAAGAAUAUUUGGAAAAGGAAGCCUCUGAAGCCAAAAAAGACAUAGACGUAGUUGCGGAAGAAGAAGACUAAGGUACUAUUAAGUUUUUUUGUUAUUUGAAUUAGGAAACAUAGAACUGUACUCUGUGUUGGAUAUUUGGAUUGAUUUAGGCUGUACAAAUCUAUCAAGUGAGUUUAUAGACUCGUUAAUAAUAUUA